GGUUAUUCUAUAAAUUGUUGAAAACAUUCGAACAAAUGAAUGAAACGUGAUGUCAAUGCUGUGAAGAUGGGGCGUGACGUUUUCUUCGAAAGGGGAAGUUUGGGAAAGUUACGAUACGGACAAUACAAUAAUAAGGGAUCACUACGCUAGUGAAUCACGUCCAAAUGGUCUUGUCAAUUUUAUUUGCUCGAAAGGUACCUACAGUGUGAACAGUGCAUGGUGAAUAAUAGGAACAGUUUGGCCCGAUCCUGACGUUACCUGUGAUGAUUUCAAAAUAUCUACAUUUCACGGUAAUUUAUCUACGUCACGGUUCCAUUAAGACAUCCCAGCGGCUUGGUACUUGUCGUCCCGUUCAAUUGGUCGCGUGUCAGCAAGGUGUACUUAUUCGGUCGAAAGCAUACAAGAACACAUCAACUGUGUUACAUUAAUUUGCCGCUUACGGCGUACGAUAUCUAGAACGAAUGGAAAGUUGGCUCAUCGUUGGACAACGAUAACGCGAUUUGACGUACCGAGUGAUAUCGAAGGCAGAAAGCAAAUAUGUCGUACUGCAGCGAGCUGUCACUCUCGCAAGAAUAUCAGAGUUUUCGCAGUUCUGUACCUCUCAGAAAAAUCGUCCUCGACGCGGACGACUUGAAGGGAUGGAAAGUGUAUGAUUCUAACCAGAAAAAUAUCAAGUGCCCCCUCAUAUGUCUUCCACCGGUCAGUGGUACUGCUGACAUCUUUUUUAGACAAAUAUUAGGUUUGACUGCUAAAGGUUACAGAGUUAUAUCAGCUGAGGCACCGAUAUACUGGGGUGUGAAGGAUUGGUGCGAUGGAUUCAGAAAACUGUUGGAUUAUUUGAAACUAGACAAGGUCCAUCUCUUUGGCGCUUCAUUAGGUGGUUUCCUGGCACAGAAAUUUACAGAGAUAAAUGCGCACUGCCCUAGAGUGGUAUCUUUAAUUCUAUGUAAUACUUUCACAGACACAUCAGUUUUCAGUUACAAUGAUUCCGCAUCAAUAUUUUGGAUGUUACCAUCUGUGGUACUAAAGAAGAUGAUAAUGAGCAAUUUUACAACGGAAAAGGCUGACAGAGAAAUUAUAGAUGCAGUCGAUUUUAUGGUGGAAAGGCUGGAGAGCUUAUCGCAAUCUGAAUUGGCUUCCCGUCUGACAAUGAACAGUGUAAACAAUUAUAUACAACCUCAAAAAAUAUGCCAUUUACCUGUGACAAUAAUAGAUGUAUUUGAUGAUUAUGCUUUAACAAAUACAGUCAGAGAGGAAAUGUAUAAAUGCUAUCCAGAUGCAAAAUUGGCACACCUGAAGAGUGGAGGAAAUUUCCCAUAUCUAAGUCGAGCCGCUGAUGUUAAUUUACAUUUACAGGUUCAUCUAAGACAAUUCGAAGGCACAGAAUAUACAGCUUUGAAAUCGACUGAUAGUUAGCGAAGUAUGUUCAUGUUAGGUAAAAUUAAAUAUUAAUUAAUCCCAGUA